CACUAGAAUUGAAGAAAUGAAAGAAUUCAAGGUUACAGAGCUGUCAAAACUAUUCAUUAAAAAGUGUUAAGAUCAAAGGAUAUUAAAUAUUUGAUGUCUCUGUGAGUCUGCUUUUGCACUUUGAAUUCUAUGGUUUUAAUCUGCUGAGUUCUCCAGCUGCUUUUUUUUUUUAAACCACAAGAGACAUAAAGAGGAAGUACUUCAGAAAGGACAUGCACGGCAAAGCGUUUCUGCGGGUAUUUUAGUCGAUUUUCUGCAUUUGUGCUGUCACUGAUAAUGAUACAAGCUCACUGUGUCAGCCAUGAAGAGCAAACAACAGAGGAACAUUUGCUUGAUCUGGUUUGUCUCCUCUUGACUUUUUCGUCACCCGCAGAAGGUGGUCAAAUCAGAUUGAGAGGGUCUGGGUCCAAUCAGUGUUCAGGAAGAGUUGAAAUCCUGUAUGGCAGGACAUGGGGAACAGUCUGUGAUGACAAUUGGGACUUAAAUGAUGCUAAGGUGGUCUGCAGACAGUUGAACUGUGGGACAGCACUGAGUGCUCCUGGAGGAGCUGCUUUUGGUGCAGGAAGUGAUCCAAUCUUGCUGGAUGACGUGUCCUGUUCAGGAAGUGAAAGCUCUCUAAAUGAGUGUGGGCACGGAGGAUUCAGGACACAUGACUGUACACACAGUGAGGAUGCUGGUGUGGUCUGUUCGGAUGUUAGACUCAGAUUGAGUGGGUCUGGCUCUACUCAGUGCUCAGGAAGAGUUGAAAUCCUGUCUGACAGUAACUGGGGAACAGUCUGUGAUGACAAUUGGGACUUAAAUGAUGCUAAGGUGGUCUGCAGACAGUUGAACUGUGGGACAGCACUGAGUGCUCCUGGAGGAGCUGCUUUUGGUGCAGGAAGUGAUCCAAUCUUGCUGGAUGACGUGUCCUGUUCAGGAAGUGAAAGCUCUCUAAAUGAGUGUGGGCACAGAGGAUUUGGGAAGCAUGACUGUGGACACACUGAGGAUGCUGGUGUGGUCUGCUCUGCAAGCCUACCAAAGCCCAGCAUUUCCAUGAUCACUGUUGGUCAGGUUUCCUGGGGUCAGGGUGUCAGUAUCAGUUGUUCUAUUACAACCAAUCUUCUAGGGGGCACAUUCAUCCUUAAGAAAACUUCAGGCUCAUUCAGAAUGACCCAAACACCAAAUUCUGCCACUGCCACCUUCAACAUCAUGAAAGUGAACUUUGAUCAUGACGGAUCCUAUCAGUGCCAGUAUGAGAAGAGUAUUAAAAGUCAGACUUCCAGCUCCCCCUUGAGUGACCCAAUCAGUCUCUCUGUUACCGUGCAACUGCAGCAGCCAAGCAUCUCCCUGACAUCUCCAAACAAAGGGCUGGUCUGGAGUCCUGAAGGUGCAAAGGUUACCAGGGGUUACAGCCUUGUCUUCCUAUGCUCAAUCAACUGCAGCUAUCCUGACGGCCGAUUCUUUCUCAUCUCAUCUGAUGCCAGCACCGUUGUCAUAAAGCCAGCAGUCAACCACUCUGCCUCCUUUGAAUUCCCUGUUGUUGAGUAUGAACAUCAGGGCAACUACAGCUGUUUGUAUGAGGUUGAACUGUCUACACAGAGAUUCAAUUCUACAGCAACUGCACCAAUCGGGGUUGUUAUUACACUGUAUCUGUACUGCUGGUGUCCUCAGUAGCUGCUGGGAUCCUGCUGUUGCUGCUCGUGGUGUUGAUGGUGGUCUGUGUAGUCUUCAGGAAUGAGACAUAAGCCAAGCAGCCUGAAAUUUUGGUCCAAACUCAAAUGACUGCGAGAAUGGGGAACUGUUAUGACAAUGACGAGGAUGAUGAGGGUGAUGAGGAGGACUAUGUGAAUGUUGAAACAGUAGAAACCAAGAACCUCAAAGACAAAACAGGAAUAGCAGGUGAAGACAGUAUUUAUGAGGAGCCAGAUAGAUUCAUUGAUCAAGUUUCUGAGGUUGUAGGCCUGGAUUCAAAUAUGAGAAAGGCCAAGGAGGUGUGUUUUAGAGCAAAUGAAAACAUAACGGGAGAUGAUGAAGAAGAAGAAACCAGUGAUGAGGAAGAUGACUAUGAGAAUGUGACAGAGCCAUUACCAUUCACUGAAGCAACUGUUGACAUUUAUGGAGACGACAAGGAUAUUUAUCAGAACCUUUGACAUGUCUUUUUGUCAGCAAUGGUUUAUCACAGCUAAAGCACUGAACCCUUAAAUCAAAGUGAAUCAUUUUACAAAACAAAUGUGCAUUAAAAUAUUGAAGUGUCAACUGAUCGUAAAUGAAGAAAUGAAAAAUAAUGCCUCUGAAAUUCUGCUGCCUCAGGAGAAUUAGAUAAGCAUUUUAUUAUGCAUUUUUUUUAAAUUAGUCUAUAAAGUUUAAGUUGAACACACCUAUACAUUUAUAUAGUCACACAAAAUUGAGGGAAGUCAAUUGCAGCCUGUUUUUUGUUGGUCAGUCAGUCGAUACUGAUAAACUUUAUCAAUAACUGUUGCAUGGAUUACAAUGAAAGACAUUUGUAAGCCCCAGAGGAUGACGCCUCCUGAAUUCCCUGAGUUUAGUUGGAUCACUUUCUGUGGUUGACAUCGACAAUGUUGACUAAAUACUGCCCAUAGUGUAGAGUAGUCAGGAUUUAGUACCUUUAGCUAUUCUCUGACUUGUAUCCUUGGCUCGGGAAAAAAAAAUCAUUUUGUCAAACUUAUGGUUUUUUCAACCAGCAACGCUCUGGAGUUAUUGCUUAUUCAUGUACGUUUGUAAAACUGUGAAGCAGGACAUGGUGUACAUGCUGAUGUACAGUUCACCUGCCUGUUUUUGUGUUUGUGUGUACAUAAUGUUUGUGCUGAUCUAUUCACCAGAUCAUUGUGUGUUCUAUUGUGUCACUUCCUACCGGCAACCAUCCAUUUAAGUUUUAUCAGUG